GCCAUUUCUCGGUGGGAGGACUCCUCAAGCUCCCAGAAGAUGCGCUGGUCAAAGCCGAGAGCCCCGAGAAGUCCGAGAGGACCCCGUGGAUGCAGAACCCUCGCUUCUCCCCGCCCCCAGCCAGGCGCCUGAGCCCCCCAGCAUGCACCCUGCGCAAGCACAAGACCAACCGCAAGCCGCGGACGCCCUUCACCACCGCGCAGCUGCUGGCGCUGGAGCGCAAGUUCCGACAGAAGCAGUACCUGUCCAUCGCCGAGCGCGCCGAGUUCUCCAGCUCGCUCAGCCUCACCGAGACGCAGGUGAAGAUCUGGUUCCAGAACCGCCGCGCCAAGGCCAAGAGACUGCAGGAGGCAGAGCUGGAAAAGCUGAAGAUGGCUGCGAAGCCCAUGCUGCCACCGGCCGCCUUUGGCCUCUCCUUCCCGCUGGGCGGCCCGGCGGCUGUGGCAGCCGCAGCCGGCGCCUCACUCUAUGGCGCCUCGGGCCCCUUUCAGCGCGCCGCGCUGCCCGUGGCGCCCGUGGGACUCUACACGGCGCAUGUAGGCUACAGCAUGUACCACCUGACAUAGAGGGCCCCAGGGCCGCCCACCCGUGGCACCAGCCGAUUCCUCCAGCCCUAGCCUUCUGCAAGCAGCAGGGGUGUCCCCCGCGAGCUCCCCUGUUCAGCACCGCCUGGCUCCUUCCUUUAGCUCCCGCUCAGCUCUGGUGUCUCCUAGGUCGCUCCCUGAUUUCACUCUCUGAAGUCCGAUCCUCUUCCAAAAAUGUGACUGGAAGGGUCCCUUCUGUUGUUCUAGAAUCUAGACCCACCCCCCUCGUGUUACAGAUGGGGAAACUGAGGCCAGAGAGGUUAAGACAUUGACCCACCGGGUCCCCAGCAGAGUUAGCGGUUGGGUCAGGACCAGAGGCCACUUCUCCAGCACCCCUGCCUCCUGUCCUGAUACCAGGCAGGAAAAGCACGGAGAAAUUCAAGUUUGAAGAUGUUGGAACGGAGGAUCCUGGGAGAGAAGAGCAUGCCGGGAGAUAUGGAUCCCGGUCCUUCUGUGGGAACACUUCUGGCCUGAGCAGCCAAGCGUUAGCUUUGGGUUGGGGGGGCGGUGGGUGUACACAGAUGCAUUACGAAGGUAGGUUGAAGGGACCUCUCUCUUACCAGUACCAGAAAAAAAAUUGUAAAAUAAAAAUUUAAAAUUCUCUUUCUAUUUAACAGUACAUUUGUGUGGCUCUCGAGAAUCCCUUUGGAAGGGAUUGGGUGUAAUAUACUGUAUAUUUGAAAUUUUAUUAUCAUUUAUAUUAUAGCUAUAUUUGUUAAAUAAAUU